AUGGGGACUCAAUAUGAGCAAACGCUAAACCUCCUAAGUAGGGAAAUCAAGAAAGAUCACAAAGCGAUAAGAAACAGGCUCCAAAGUAUCCUGCUUGACAAUCGAUUUCUUAAAGAACAGGUUUUAACGGUUUUUCCCGAUUUCCCGGUAGUGCCCAAUGAAAGAUGUGGUCUUUGGUAUUGUGAACCGGGCAUCUUCAAUCAAACAAGCUAUUUCAAGUCUACAGAUGGUCAUACCAACCAGUGCGAUUUUAGUGUUCGACGCUUAAAUCUGCACUUACUCCCGACGCUAGCAACCUACGGUGGGAUCGUUGUAGUGGAUAGCACCAGACGAGGCAAAAAAUUACCUGACGCUUUGAGCAAAACCGUUCCAAUUUGGUGUGCAGUUCUUAACACUUUGAUGCUGGAGCAUUUGGGAAGAACUGACGAAGAAGUGCUCUUUUGCCCGCCGGGCACGGUUUCUAAGCAAGAAUAUGCUCAAAUCAAGGCAAAACUGCCAGGUUUGGUUUUUAAGCUUAAGGAAGUUGAUGCCAUCUCCGGUGAAGAGCUUGUCGAGGUAUUAGGUGGUAAAAUUCUCCGUCCUUUAUGGGUCUACCCUGGAUCAUCUUUAUUAACGUCUCAACGAGAUCUUUUCACCGGAGAGCUCAUCACUGCUAAAUGGGAGAGCCCUGAGGCCGAAAAAAUUCUCCCUGUUGUGCUGUGUGCGGUUAGCUACCAAUGUCAAGAUGGUGUCGACAACAGACACGGAUUCACUUACGUGCAAGGUGCAGCUGACGAUCACGAGCUGUGGGCCAACGGUCUCACAGCUGAGUUGCUUUGGGAAAACGUUACUACUCUGGGCGAUCCAGCGCUCAACAACCAAGUGAUUCAGGCCUUAAUAUCAGCACAGAUAGAGCACAGUAAGAGACAGACCAGUGCUGGUGACACGCUUGACAAGCUGAUCAAUAUCGAUAUUCUAACACCGGAGCUACAUCUAGGAAAGAUAGUGGAGCCCUUGAAACUAACGAGCAGCUUACAAGACCAACUACGCAAUGCAUAUUCUUACGUUUUGGUUCUUAGUGAGAACGCAGAAAUUGCGACAGAAAACACCGAUCCUGCCGCGGGCGAAAACACAACCAUUGAAAUUAUCAAUCUUUCAAGUGGCUCUAAGAAAAGCUCCAAGAAUUUGCGAACAGCCCUGAUAACAAUCUGCCCCUCGGUAGAAGCUCAUCUACAACACUCGCUUCCCAUUUUGAUCUGCUGUAGCGAUGGUAAAGACAUGUCAGUGUGCGUAUUGUUGAGUGUGCUUUGCCGAAACUAUAAUGUCGAAAACUGGAGGCUGGAGCAGCCAGAAAACAUAAACAAAACAAUUAUCAAGAAGCAUCUGUCGAAAAUGAUAACAAAGCUGAAUGGUAGAAACAUUAAUCCACCAAGAGCUUCCUUAAACAGCGUCAAUGCCUAUUUGAUGUGA